GAAAAGCACAGCAGAGGGGGGUUUAGUGAAGAGCCGACGGUUUCCUGAGAAGUGCUAGUCAUGUGUUUCUAGUCAGCUGAUGUUCAGUUCAGGACUGUUGUUGUCUUUCUUGUAUGUCUGGAGAAAACACUUUUCAAACUGAGGUUUGACGAUAAGUUCUUCAAACGGCAGACGGCUGUUUCAGAAUGACACAGUGGGAGCGAUUGCAGCAGCUGGAUACAGUGUAUUCACAGAGGGCUUUUGAUCUGUACAAUGGAGAUGAAUUCCCAAUGGAUGUGAGACAUUACUUGGCACACUGGAUCGAGGGCCAGGACUGGGAACGUGCUUCUCGGGACUCUUCCCAAGCUGCAUUCCUGUUUCAGGUGCUUUUAGAGAAUCUGGACAACCAGUUCAGUCGUUUUGCGCACGAGAGAGAGAGUUUUCUACUGCAGCGUAAUUUCAGACGCUACAAACAAAACUUUCAGAAAUACCAAGAGGAACCCUAUACUCUUGCUACUAUUAUCAACUGGUUCCUGGUGAAGGAGAAAGGGAUCUUGAAUGAUGCAGAGCUUGCACAGCAAGUGCAGAUGUUGCAGGUUCAGCCAGCUGCAAUGGAGUUGGAGAGCCAGAGACAAGUAGAAAAUAGGUUAAAAGACCUUAAGACCAAAGUAGAGGUGAUGGAGCACAGCGUAAGGUGUCUGGAGGAGCAGCAGGAUGAGUUUGAUUUUAAAUAUCAGACGCACCUAAUGGACUUUUGUACUGAAGAAGAGAAGAAAAAGCAAUUAGAAGGGCUUCAGAAGAUGCUCAAUACACUUGAUAACUGCAGAAGGAACUUCCUGUCUGAUAUCUCGGCUAUGUUGGACGCUGCUGAUGUUCUACGCUCAGCAAUCAUAGAUGAGGAACUGGUGGAGUGGAAGCGGAGACAACAGAAGUCCUGCAUUGGUGCUCCUGAAAAUACAAGUCUGGAACACUUAGAGAAAUGGUUCACUCAAAUUAUAGAGUGCAUGUUCCAGCUGCAGAUGUUCUUACAGAAGCUUGAUGAGCUGGUAGGGAAGAUGACCUACGAAAAUGACCCCAUACCGGUCCGAAAACCCCCUUUAAAGAGUAGAUUGGAGACACUAUUGACCCAACUAAUAAAGAGCUCAUUUGUUGUAGAGAAUCAGCCAUCCAUGCCGCAAGGUCGAGGCCUCCUGUUGCUGCGCACAAAUGUUCAGUUCUCAGUCAAAGUCAGAUUGUUAUAUAAAGUUCCUGAACUCAACCAUGUUAUGAAGGUGUCUGUUUCUGUUAACAAUGCAACUUCACAACUGAAAGGGUUUCGGAAAUUUAAUGUGCUGGGUACCUUGAGUAAAGCCCUUAACAUGGCUGAGAGUAUGAAUGGGGGCAUGGUUGCUGAUUUCAGACAUUUGAGUUUAAAAGACCAGAAAGUUGGUGGUGGAGGAAAAGGAAUCAAUGAUCUCUCAUUGAGUGUUACUGAAGAGCUGCACAGAAUAACUUUUCAGACCCAGUUUGAUUAUCAAGGCCUGUCUGUCCCUUUGGAGAUCUCUUCUCUUCCUGUUGUUGUGAUUUCAAACUCCAGUCAGCAGCAGAGCGCUUGGGCGUCUGUUCUGUGGUUCAACAUGCUCUGCCCAGAUCCCGAGAACGUCAAGUUCUUUGAAAGCUCUCCUGCAGCCACUUGGCCACAGUUUGGGGAAAUGCUAAAUUGGCAGUUUCUCUCCUGUGGGAAACGUGGUCUAGACAAUGACCAGUUGGAGACCCUUGCCAUCAAGCUCUUUGGUAAACAACAAAGCUAUGAAAACUGUACGAUAUCCUGGACCAAGUUCAGUAAGGAGAACCUCCCUGAUACAAACUUCACCCUGUGGGUGUGGCUGGAUGGCAUUCUAAACCUGGUUAAACUCUACCUGUCAGACCUGUGGAGUGAUGGGUCUAUAAUGGGUUUUGUCAGCAAGGGGAAGGAAAGACUUUUAUUAAAGAAGAAGCAGAACGGCACUUUCCUGUUGCGUUUUAGCGAAAGCAUCAAAGACGGAGGAAUCACGUUCAGCUGGGUGCAGUACGCUAAUGAUGGCUCUUCGAGUGUGCAAACAGUGAAACCAUUCACCAGUACUGACCUAAAGCAGAUUGCUCUACCUGAUAUCCUCUGCAACUUUCGAAUCAUGGAAGCAGAAAAUAUUCCAGUUAACCCACUGUGUUACCUUUACCCGAACACUCCCAAAGACCAGGCUUUCGGCAAAUACUACAGUGAAAAGACUGAAGAGGAGAAUCCUUACCUGAAGUAUCUCAAAACCAAACUGGUUUUUGUCACUAAUGAGAAUGGCUGUUCUGGCAUCAGAGAGGGACCAGAGUCUGACCUGUGCACACAGGACAGAGACCCUCCUUCCUCUUCUGAUGCGGGUGAUGAUGAUGUGUUGCUCAAAGGGUCCGAGAAGUCUCCAAUGAUCUCCAGCUCUACCACUGAUGCUGAUUUUCUUAACAGUAUUUUGGACAUCGAUGGCGAGAGCUCUUUUCCAAAUACAUUUCCUGUAACCUCUCCCCACAUUUCACCAUCAUGCCUCCAACAAAACUUUCCAGAGAGUGUCGAGGAUGACCUUGGUGAAGCACCCUCUACAGACACUGAUGUUAAUAACACAUUGCAAGAGAUUUUAAAUGACAUAAACCUUAAUUUACUUCAUCCUUGGUCCUAGUUUUUAAGAUCUUGGCAAUCCCAACAUACCAUUGACCCCCUGAAUUUGAUCCAUUUUACACAAAACCAUAAUCCUACUGAAGCCGUAUAAUGCUUUCCGUUGCUCUGAUUUGUUGUAAUUAAGUAUCAAGUAGAGAGGCAUAAUACAGGUCAUUACUUCAUUUUCAGUACUGAUUUUUUUAGUAUUACUUUUAUCAAUUUAGUGUUUAUAUCUGAAUGUCUACUCAGCCAGUCAUCUGUUACUUACAGUAUGUCUAUUCAAUUUUAAGGGAGAGGUCUUGUGAACUCACUAUUCAUAAGCUGCUAGUAAAUAUUUGUCCCUAUAAAAAUAAGCUGGAAAGAAAAAGUUGCAUUGAAAUUGAUUCUGAAAAUAUUAGAGCUCCUUAGCAAUGAAAUUGGAUGACUAAUUUUAUAUAUAUAUAUAAAAUAUAAAAACACUUCUGCCAUUUAACCUAAGUUAAGCUCAUGCUUUUGUGGUCCAAGUACAUGAUCAGCAGAACAGUUUGUAUUCUUCUAUUCUAAUUAAAUGGGCCUUAUUGAAGAGAUAAUUUGAUAGUGAAACCGAUAGACUUUAUUAAUGUGUCAAACACCUUUAGUAAUGUGAAUUAGGCAUUAGCUUUGAGCUAAUGGUUUUAAAAGCAUCUUAACAACAAAGCCAUUUCUGCGCAUACAUUUAUGACUAUAUAACAAAUUCUCCAUAUGGUGCAAUUUUAAAGUUCUAAAAAUUGAAAAAUGUAUGGCUUAAUUUGACUUUUAAAGUCACCAAUGUUGAUGAUGCUUUUAUAGUAGUCUUUAACUUUCACUUUUAUGAUAAAUGUUUGUUUAUUUUGUAUAACCACUGUUGGAAAGUUCCUGAAUGCUUUGCUUUUGAGUCAACUGGAUUUUUUUCCUUGUAGUUUUUUUAUCAUUUUAAAAGUGAUUUGGUGGCUUUCACUAAACCCAACUUCAAGACUAUAGCAAUACUUAUUAUUUUCCUGUUUUUGGUGCUGGAUAGUUGAGUUAUCAACUACAGAUUUAAUGAGGCAGAUACUGGGAUUAAUUUAUAUAUAAAAAAGGAAAUGAUCAUUUUGACGCUUACAUUUUCUAGAAUUUCAAAAGCAGAAUUUAGUUCAGAUGUUCUGUUACCCGGCUGUUGAAAAUACUUAAUAUUUGUUUUAGAUGUUUUUAUCUUUUAUACAAACUGAAUUUGAAUCCGACUGAUUGUAUGAUUACUCUGAGAGUAACACUGAGAUUUCUGAUGACAGAAAAAUGCACUUAAGUUAGUUGUUGUGUAACAAUGUUUACAGAUCAAUUAAAAGAGGAGAUUGAACGGUCUCUGAACUCUUUUAGAGAGAAAAAAAAAUUCCUCUCUGAAAUGAAAUAAGAUAUCAUAGUUAUUUAAUCAAUUUAUCUUUUAGAUCUAAAGACCCCAUUAGCACUUCUGUUUGAAUUUGUAGAAUUUGCUUCAAAUGCAUGUAACCAAGAUUGGCAUUGUGUCCACUGUCAGCCUUAUUGUAAUAUGUUUUUUAUCUGUUAACAAGACUUUGUAGAGUUGAAAUAUCAGAGUGUUAACAAUGGUACAAUAUUGGUCCAAUAAAACAUCUAAUGAGAGAUAAA